AUGUCACCCGUACAUCGGCUUGCCUUGCCCCUCUUACAGCCCGAGGUGCAUCCCGUGCCCCGCGUGGACAAACGCGUGAGCGGCGCCUUGGUGAUUGAUGAGAAGAUCCAAACGGUCAUCUCCCUGCUGCUGCGCGACUACCUCGAGUGGUGGUUCAAGUCUUCGAGUGACGAUCAAGACUUUGUGAUUGAAUGCGAGCGGCUGAUCCACAACAUUCUCAUCGAGCUUUCGGUUCGCUGCAAGGAGAUUGACGUGACGGAGUUUGUGACGACAACCGUCGUUGACGUGCUCGUGAAGCAUAUUCGUUUGUACCGUGCCACCCAAGCCGAGGUGGCGAAGAAGUUCAAGGCCGUGGCCCCAUCCAACGAGGCCGAGGCCAUCAAGCUCGAGAAUGAUCGAGCCGAGUUUUUCGUGCAGAAGGCCUUUAACAAACAGCAACUCAAGGGGAUUUGCACCAAACCUGAGAACGAGCUGAAUGGCGACUACAUCAAUUCGUUUCCUGCUUGCUUACUGGACGAAAACUUGCUCUCCUAUCAAGCCAUUUUGGACGUGGCUAACAUCUCCUCGGACGUGCAAGAGAUCAAGUGGAUGCUGCAGCGUGUUGAAGAAGCCAUUCAGGCCACGGUCCAGUCUCAAGACGAGGGGACGGUGCGCCAAUCCUAUCUUCACCAGAUGGAGGCUCUUUUGUUUGCUCAGGCUCAAGUGGCAAACCGAUAUGCUGUUUUGACGGGACGGCCACGGACACAAUCAGCGCCCAGCACCAACUCGCAGCAGGAGAUUCUACCACUCAAGUUUAUCCUUCGCAACUCUGUUGCCAUUGUCUACUUUGAAGAAUUCAUGCUGGCCAAAGAGCAGAGCCACCUGCUUGCAUUUUGGCGUGAGGUUAGCAACUGGCGACGCAAAACCUUUGAAGCGCGAAGUCGCAUGGCCAAGGAGACGCUUCCCGUUGAACGGAUGCAGAUGGCCGAGCGACGCAUCAAGGAGGACGCGCUGCGCAUCUUUUUCCUGUACUUGACUGACGAUGCAGAGCAGCACAUUGCCAUGCCGCUGGACUUGGUCGCAGAGACCCACGAGCUCAUCUGUCAGUCCACAGCCGAGGUCACAGCCUUUGACCAAAUUCACGCCACGGUGCAAGAGCUGUUACAUAGUGACUUUUAUCCCGAAUUCCUCAAGUCUGACGCUUAUGAUCGAUGCCUGUACACGCUCAAAUUUGACGAUCAGUUGGAUCCCGCUCAAGCUUCCAUUCCAACCGCCACCGAGCCCGGUGCAGCACCAGAGGCGAGCGGGCCCGUGCUGCAGCAGCCGGUCUCGGCGGCAAGUGCGACAGAUGGCAAAGACAUCAACCUGGAGGAGCAUGAAUACGUGGGCUGGUGGAGCGCCGAGUUAUUGGACCACGAGGAAGGCGAAGAUGAGUCGCGCAAGUCGUUUACCGUCUACGUACUCAAGAUUCGCUUCCAAUCGGAGACCACCGGGGAGAUUCGCGAAUGGAUUUGCAAGCGGCGCUACAGCGAGUUUGACAACUUUACCAACCGGCUCAAGGGGCUUUAUCCCGAUCUCAAGAGCCGCUUGAACUUGCCGAAAAAGAAGCUUAUGGGUCGCAAAAACUCGGAGUUUGUGGAGAAACGCCAGUCCGGACUGCGCACAUGGCUCAAGGAGCUGCUCAGCGUAGACACCCUGAAAAAACGUAAAGAGCUGCAAAAGGAAAUUGCCAUUUUUUUGCGCGAGGGUACCUUUGAAAAAACCAACGUGUCUUUUGCGUCCAAAGUUCUUGGUCGCCACCGAACGACAAGCAUCCGCUCUGAGGAGGAGCACGACUCGGAUGAGCAAAAUUUGACGGAAAGCUUGCAAAAGGACAACCUGUUGAGCAUUUUGCUGCGCGUGGCAGAGGUGGUGUUUGAGCUCAAUGCCAAUCCGUGGCUGCGACGUCGUGUGAUGGGGAUGCUCGAGACCUUUGUGACGGCCACGUAUGGUUCGAGCAUCAAUCGCAAGGUCGGCGCCGCGAUUGAUGCCGCUUUUGCGCCGGAUCAGGUGGCCGCGUGGGUCACGCAGUAUCAAGAAGCCACCUGGCCCAAUGACACGCUGGCCGUUGAGUUUCCCCCACGCACCCAGGAUGCACGUGCCCUCACACGCCUUGAGGCUCGUCUGAAGCUACUGGGCUGCCUUCCCGAUGAGGUCAAGGGCAUUAUUGGCCGCGAAACUGCCAAGCGCGGCGUUAUGAGGUAUGUCGACUUUGCUGACCGUGAACUCAACUCAUUUUAA